UUGCAAGCAACAAAAUACACAUAAAAGGGUUCUCUCUCUUCACUCGCAGAACGUGCUCAAACUCGUAUCGAACUCAAUUUUACUGUGUCGAGAAAGAAGCAGAGGCGGAAAUGCAAGGUGGCGCAGCCGACGGAGAAGCCUUGGAUUUCGAGCCCGAGGACGAUGACUUGAUGGACGAGGACGGCGCUCCCGACGCCGACGCUUCUCCGCCUCACCCUAAGCUUAAAUCAGCCAUCACCGCCGCAGCUACUUCCUCUCUCACCGCUCCCAAGAAGACCAAGGGUCGCGGUUUCCGUCAGGACACCGAUGCCAACCGCAACACUCGACUCUCCGGCUCCGACUUCGACUCCCUCACCACCGAGGGUGGCCCUGGACCACAGAGAUCCAUUGAAGGAUGGAUCAUUCUGGUGACCGGCGUGCACGAGGAAGCGCAAGAGGAUGAUUUGCAAAAUGCCUUUGGUGAAUACGGAGAGAUUAAGAACCUGCAUUUGAAUCUCAAUCGCCGCACUGGUUUUGUCAAAGUAACUCAUUGUUCCUCUUUUCUUUUCUUUGUUUCUUUCUUUGUUACUAUUGAUUUAUUGAGUUUUGUAGUCAUUAUUAUAAUCCAUUGGAUACUCAUACUAUCUAGUCACUGUCUGGCUGUAUAAAGC